GCGCGUGUGGACAGCCAGAGCGAGGCCGUGGCCAUCCAGGCCAUCCGCAACGCCCGCGGGAACUCGCAGUGCGUGGACUGUGGGGCGCCCAACCCCACGUGGGCCAGCCUGAACCUGGGGGCCCGGGGGUGCGCGGGAAGCCACCGCAUGCGGGGCAGCCACGUGUCACGCGUGCGCUCGCUGGCGCUGGACGAUUGGCCCCGGGAGCUGACGCUGGUGCUCAGUGCCAUCGGCAAUGCCACGGCCAACAGCAUCUGGGAGCACAGCCCUGGGGGGCGCCGCAAGCCCACGCACCUCUCCUCACGGGAGGAGCGGGAGUCGUGGAUCCGCGCCAAGUACGAGCAGAGGCUGUUCCUGGCGCCGCUGCCCGCGGCCGAGGCCACGCCGGGGGAGCGGCUGCUGUGUGCGGUGCGGGAGCAGGACCUGGGCAUGGUGCUGCUGCUGCUGGCGCACGGCCCCACGGGGACGCUGCACGCCGGGGACGCCGGGGGACGCACAGCGCUGCACGUG